GAAGUUAUCCAUAAGGAAAAGAGACAUAACCUGCAAAUCAAAGACCAUACAACAACAAAAACAACAUUUGUUUGGAAUAGUUUCGUGUUAUAUUUCUAAUAAUCACAAUGUCAGCCCAAAGAUCAUUGACUCACAGUAAAGAAGCCCUCUUAAAAUUGUAUAGAACACGACUGAAAGACGACGUGAAAAGUAUGCUAGAAAACUUCGAAGAAAUAGUAAAACUUGCUAAAGGAGAGCAUGAUACACAGCUGUCCAGAAUGACACAGUGUGAACAAGAUACUUUCGAGAUGCAUGUUCGAGCAGCUAAUAUUGUUCGAGCCGGUGAAUCUCUGAUGAAAUUAGUGUCUGAUAUCAAACAGUACCUGAUUUUGAAUGAUUUCCCUUCAGUCAACGAAGCUAUUACACAAAAUUCCAAACUCUUUAGAACCAAACAAGCUGAAUGCGACCAAAAACUGAUGUCUUUGCGAGAUGACAUAGCUGCAGAUCUGUAUGACUUGGAAGAGGAGUACUACAGUAGUAUUAAUAAAUAAACUAUCUCAGUGUUAUUGUGUAUACAUCAAUAUGUGAAUAUAUUUUUUGUUGUA